UUUUAGACACUAUGAGCACAAUACAUAAACAAUGAAUACUUCAUCCACUUGUCAAUUCCUGCAAAUCGGAGAUGUUAUAUCUCUGUAUGCUGAGGGUGCUGUUAGUGGAUUUAUCAGUACCCUAGGAUUGGUUGAUGAUCGAGUAGUUGUGGAACCAGAUGCUGGCAACUUGCAAAAUCCACCAACAAAAUUUCGAGAUUGCUUAUUCAAAGUAUGUCCCAUGAACAGAUACUCAGCUCAAAAUCAAUUUUGGAAAGCUGCUAAGCCAACACUUUCAAGCACCAGUGACGCUGUCCUUCUCAACAAGUUGCAUCAUGCUGCUGAUCUAGAGAAAAAACAGAAUGAAGAAGAUAAUAAAAAGAUGAUUGGAACCACUGUAGCAUAUGGUGGAAUAAUUCAAUUAUUGCACCCGAAGAGUAAUAAAUAUUUAACUGUGAAUAAACGACUUCCAGCCCUACUUGAAAAAAAUGCUAUGAGAGUUUGUCUUGAUAGUGAAGGAAACGAAGGAUCAUGGUUCUAUAUUAUGCCUUUCUAUAAACUUCGAUCAAAUGGUGAAAAUGUUGUAAUUGGAGACAAAGUUAUACUCAAUCCAGUAAAUGCAGCACAACCUCUACACGCAAGUAAAUUUGAACUACAAGAUAAACCUGGUUGUCGAGAGAUCAAUUCCGUAAAUUGCAAUACUUGUUGGAAGAUCAGUAUGUUUUUGGAUCAUCGGGAAAAUUUAGAUGAUGUGCUGAAAGGGGGUGAUGUUGUGCGACUGUUUCAUGCUGAACAAGAGAAGUUCUUGACUUUGGAUGAUUACCAAAAGAAAUGCCAUGUUUUCCUUCGUACAACUGCCAGAGCAUCUGCAACAUCAGCCACAAGUUCAAAAGCACUGUGGGUUGUUGAGGUUGUUCAGCACGACCCCUGUUUAAGUGGAGCAGCACGUUGGAAUAGCUUGUUUAGAUUUAAACAUCUUGCAACUGGAAGAUAUUUGGCAGCUGAGGUUGAUGGAUCACAACACAAGGACAGUAAUCGACAAAAGUUACGUGGUAAUGGACAAGUUUAUCAUCUUGUUCCAGUAAUAAAUCCUAAUGACUUAGCAACAAUUUUUGAAUUAGAUCCUACUUCUGCUCAACGCAGUGAGGAUAUGGUUCCAAGAUCUUCAUACACUCGACUGAAACAUCUUUGUACAAAUUCGUGGGUUCAUUCAACAUCCAUUCCUAUCGACAUUGAUGAAGAUAGGCCUGUCAUGCAUAAGGUUGGUUCAGCACAAGUAAAAGAAGAUAAAGAAGCAUUUGCAAUCAUUCAAGUUCAAGCUGAUGAAGUGCGAGAUUUGGAUUUUGUUGGUGAUGCAAGUAAAGCUUUGAGUAUGUUCUGCACAAAGAUGGAAGAAGGAAAUAUUUCUCAACUGGAAAGGCGAGCUCUGACACAGUUGCUGGCGGAUUUAAACCUAUUUGUGUUAAAAAUGGAUCUAACAAUAACCAAACAAGAUGUGUUGUCAAUUUCAAACCAAAACUCAGACAGGGAAAGACAAAAGCUAAUACGAGAACAAAAUAUUUUGAAAAAGAUUUUCCAACUUCUGAGAGCACCUUUCAUCGAAAAAGGGGAAUUUGGACCUCUGUUAAAAAUAGAUGAAAUCUCAGAACAAAGAAAUGCUCCUAUCAGACAUAUAUUAAGACUAUCCUAUCGUCUUUUAUGUAACUCUACAAGAGACUAUAGAAAAAACCAAGAAUAUGUUGCAAAGCAGUUUGGUUUUAUGCAAUCUCAAAUAGGAUAUGAUUUGCUGGCAGAAGAGACUAUUACAGAUCUUGUGCAUAACAACCGGAAAUUACUAGAAAAACAUAUAACCGCUGCUGAAAUCGAGACAUUCGUGACACUAGUAAGAAAGCGACGCGAUUGUAGAUUUUUGGACUAUUUAUCUGAUUUGUGCGUUUCUAAUAACACUGCUAUUCCAGCUAUGCAAGAAUUAAUUUGCAAAUCUGUUCUCAACCCAAAGAAUUCUGAUUUGUUAAUUGAGACAAGAAUGUUUCAUGGAGAAGUUCAUUUAUUUUGGGAUGGUGGAAAACAAAAUAAAUCCCAGCGUCUACUGGCAAGAGAUGCAAAAUUAGGACAGCGAGAAGACUCAAAUUUACUAAAUUAUUACAAAUACCAACUUCACCUGUUUGCACAAAUGUGUUUGGAUCGUCAGUACCUAGCUAUAAAUAUCAUUAGUAAACAGUUGGAUCUUGAGCUAAUGCUAAGAUGCAUAGCAGAUGAGAGCCUGCCAUCUUCGUUACGUGCUGCAUUCUGCCACUUGAUGUUGCACAUGCACAUUGAUCGUGAUCCACAAGAACAAGUCUCACCGGUUCGAUAUGCCAGGCUCUGGUCUAAAAUUCCAACAAGAAACACUGUGGAAGAAUAUGAUAACCACUUACGAGAAGAGCACGGUGACGGAAGGACUGAAAAAGUCAAUGUUUCUGCUUUCAAACCAACCAUGCAUUUUGUUGAAAAUUAUUUACACAAUAUUGCAGUAUCACAGGGAAUGGGGUUUAUGGAUUCUGAUCAAAAUAAAUUAACAUUUGAGGUUGUUCAAAUUGCCCGACAUUUGAUUCACUUCGGUUUUUAUGGCUUCAAAGAUUUGUUGCGAUUAACAAAAAUGUUACUGGUAAUAUUAGACAGCGAAGAAGGAAAAAGUUACAAUCUUGAAACUCGCCUCCGAAGUAACAUUACAAAUUCAAUCCAAGCAGUUGGGGCUGUGAUGACUAAUGUUGCACUUGGCAUGGAAGCCGAAUCAUGGGCACCUGUACCAGAGAAAAAAGAAAACAUUACAUUUGAAUCUCCAGUUAUGUCAGCUAUUAAAACAGAAGACUUAACUGUCAUGAGCACAAAAUUAAAAAUCAUUGAAAUUUUGGAGUAUAUCAUGAACGUUCGACUUGACUAUAGAAUGUCAAGUCUACUUACAAUAUUCAAGAAAGACUUCAAUGAGAACGGACCUGCUGAUGCUCUUGAUGGUGAUGGAGGAGGUGUUGAUUUGGAUCAUAUCAGUGCAGAGGCGGAAAAAAUGUUUGAAACUUCCAUUGAUGGCUACAUUGAUCUAGACUUGGAUAAUUGUGGUGGAAAAAUGUUUUUACGAGUGUUGUUAAACCUCUCAAUGCAUGACUACAAACCACUGGUGUCGGGUGCUCUGCAGUUAUUGUUCAGACAUUUCAGUCAGCGUCAAGAAGUGUUGCAAGCAUUUAAACAGGUUCAACUUCUAGUGUCAAGUGAAGAUGUGGAGAACUACAAACAGAUUAAAACUGAUUUAGACGAAUUACGUUUGUUAGUAGAAAAAUCGGAAUUAUGGGUUUACAAAGGACGUAGUGCAUCACCAAUAUCGAUACACAUAACCAGGCCUGGUAUAAAAAAACGGCAAAGUAAAAUGCCCACUGGAGAAAACCCUGAUCAGGUUAACGAACACAAAAAAGUCGAUGCAAGAAUGUCAGAGUCGAGCUCAGGACCAGAUGACAAUAUCAGCUUGGCAAGUAUGAAUCUUCAACGUCAUUCUACAGACUCGUUUGAUCAAGAUAGUGAUGGUCACUUACUGGAAGGUGUAUCAAGCAAAAAUUAUAAAACUGUAUUACAGAUACUGCAAAGAUUUUGUGAUUUGUGCAUCAGUGCUGAUGGAAAACGUAACCGUAAACACGAACAGCGUCUUCUAAGAAAUAUGGGAGCUCACAAUGUUAUUUUGGACUUACUGGAAAUACCAUAUGAGAAGUCUGACAUGCAGAUGAGGGAGAUCAUGGAGCUGGCUCAUAAAUUUCUUCAAAAUUUCUGUUACGGCAACUCGCAAAAUCAGGCUCUUCUUCAGAAAUAUUUAGACGCGUUCUUAUCAUCAGGACUUGGGUUAUUGGAAGCAGAGACAGUUCGGUAUAUCUUUAACGAAAACCUUGCACUGUGUAAUGAAGUUACAGAACGUGUUGUACAACAGAUUGUUCACAGUAUCGAGCAACAUGGAAGGCAUGUCAAUUAUCUGCGCCUACUUCAAACACUACUCAAAGCCGAAGGACAAUUGGUGCGCAAAACCCAGGAUGUGAUUAUGUCUGAGCUGACUAGCAUGGGCGAAGAGAUCCUGGUGUUCUACAACGACCAUUCUUCGUUUGCUAACCUGUUGGAAAUGAUGCAAUCAGAAAGAGAGCGUUCGGAAGAAUCGAGCCCGUUACUGUAUCACAUCCAGUUGGUGCAGUUAUUGGCGAGUUGCACAGAAGGAAAGAACGUGUACACUGAAAUAAAGUGUCACAGUUUGUUACCUCUCGAUGAUAUUGUUCGUAUUGUUACUCAUCCUGAUUGUAUUCCAGAGGUUAAAUCAUCGUAUGUCCACUUUUUAAACCAUUGUUAUGUCGAUACAGAAGUUGAGAUGAAGGAAAUAUACAGCAGUAGUCACAUAUGGACGCUGUUUGAAGAUUUUAUGGUGGAUAUGGGAAAGGUUGCGAACACUACGCAUGAUCGAAAGCAUGCUGACACUUUGUUGGAAUCCUACGUCACCACUGUCAUUCCUGAAAUUUUGACAGUUUUUUUCAAUUCACCCUUCUCAGAAACCAGUACAUCGGUGAAGUCGCGGCAGCCUAUCUUUGUUCGGUUACUUUCGGCGUUGUUUCGUUUAUCUCAAUGCACAUGGAUGACUGGUCAGCAAAAAUAUCAGAUCGAAAAUUGCAUACAAAAUUUACUAGAGAUUGCCAAACCUCGCGGAAUUGUGAUACCUACUGCUUUGGAAACAGAAGUGCAGAAUUUAGUGACUCGAUCAAGGAUUGUUUUGAGACAUAGCAGGCACUGGUUAAGCCAUCGGCAAAGAAAAGAUUCUGUGUUAUUAAAAACAAUGUCGAAAGAUUAUCGAAAUAUCAUUGAAGGCUUGCAGGAUAUUGUUGCAUUACUAGAAGAUCAGUUAAGACCGCUAGUAGAAGCAGAAUCAUCUUUACUUGUCGACAUACUUUACCACCCACACUUGCUAUUUGCGAACGGUUCAGAAAACAGAGGAAAAGCUGAUAACGGUGGUUUUAUUGCCAAGCUUAUCGAGCACACGAAUUCUCUCAUGUUAGACAACGAGCAUUUAUGCAUAAAAAUUUUGCGCGUGUUACAACAAAUGCUUGAGAAAGAAACAGAUUUUGGCGAAAAGGGCGAAAAGCUUCGUAAAACAUUGCUGGCAUUGUACUUCCGACCAGAUGAAUUAUGUUUUAAAAUGAAAGAACCAAAGAGUGGCUUUGCUCUUACUGCGCAUGCCCCUACGUCGGUAUUCCUUUAUCGAGCCAAUCGAAGUUUAUUUGAUAUGCAAUGCAUGAUGGAUCAAAAUGGCGCGACAGAUCUUGUCAUUGAUUUAAUCAUGUCUGAACCAAGUACGACUGUUUUUUCGGAAUCUGUCCAACUUGCUAUUGCGUUGUUGGAAGGCGGGAAUGGAUCUGUACAGAAAUCAUUCUACAGGCGUUUUUUGUCGUCGAAAACUGAAGCUUUCUUCCGGUAUAUUUACGAGCAAAUCACUGACGCAGAAGAAGAAAUCAAAGCGAACAUCACCAUGAAUACUGAUAGUGCAACCAGAAAGAAAGAAGAAGAUAAGGAAAGCGAGAAAGCAAAAGAUCCAAUGGCUAGAAGAGACACGAUGCACAUUUUGAGAAGAGAUGCUAGAGAUACACAUGUAUUAAGUAUGCUUGUGUCUUUGACCGACGAAGUGAAAGAACAACUAACCGAAGCAGCGCAGCAAACUAACAAAGCGUACAGCGCCGUGCGAAAGGGGCGCGAGGGCGAAGGUUCGGACGGUGCCCGUAACACGUCGCAAGAUAACUUCAAAUCAUCUACCGUCGGACAUUACUUGUCGUCAGAAAUUGUCAUCAUGCAACCCAUUUUACGCUUCCUGCAGUUGCUUUGUGAAAACCAUAACUCUGAAAUGCAGAACUAUCUUCGCAAGCAAGAACAUAAAAACAAUUACAAUUUGGUGUUAGAAACUCUCUCAUUUCUCGACUGUAUUUGUGGCAGUACUACCGGAGGUCUGGGACUGCUUGGACUCUACAUCAACGAACACAAUGUUGCGCUAAUUAAUCAAUGUUUGUGUACACUCACUGAAUAUUGUCAAGGUCCAUGUCAUGAUAAUCAGAACUCUAUCGUCAGUCACGAGUGUAAUGGGAUGGAUAUCAUCAACGCCUUAGUACUCAACGAAAUUAAUCCUUUAAGUAAACACAGGAUGGAUUUGGUUAUGGAACUCAAGGAUAACGCAUCGAAACUGCUUCUUGCUAUUAUGGAAAGUCGUCACGAUGGUAUAAAUGCAGAAAAGAUCUUGUAUAAUAUGAGUCCCCAUCAACUGUUAGAUGUCUGUAAACAAGCGUACCGUCAAGAAGACAUUGAUACAGCCGAAGAUAGUGACAUUUCACCAAGAGAUGUCGGUCAUAAUGUGUACAUACUAGCUUAUCAGCUGGCCAAGCAUAAUAAAGAGCUGGCAGAAUUACUGUCAGUCGAAGAAUCUGAGAAUGGCAUACCAAUCGACCCUGCGUUAGAGUAUUAUUCCAAACAUACAGCUCAAAUUGAGGUAGUUAGAAAAGAUAGAGGAUUGGAACAGAUUAAUUUCCCUGUUCCCGCUGUUUGUGAAUAUUUAACCGAGAAGAAGAAGGAAGAGGUGUAUCAGUCGUGUGAACGGGAUGAACAUAAUAGUAAAGUAUCAGAUUUCUUUGAAAGGACAGAAGAUUUAUACAAAGAAAUGGUUUGGCAAAAAAAGCUGCGAGAUAAUCCCACGUUUUUUUGGAUCAGCAGGAAUUGGCAUCUUUGGGAAAAUAUUGCAUUGAAUCUAGCCAUUGUCAUUAAUUUACUUGUGGCGUUUUUUUAUCCGUUUUCUAACAAACCCGUUGAACUUGAUCACAGAUUAUCCAUACUAAUAUGGCUGGCAAUACUGGUUUCUUUCGUCAUCAGCAUAACCAUUCCAAGACUUUCUGGCAUUCGUACACUAGUUGGUGCUGUUAUUCUUCGUAUGAUAUUCUCUGUUGGCAUCACACCUACCUUAUGGCUGCUUGGUUUUACUAAUAUGAUUAAUCGUGUGAUACUAGCGUUGAGUUAUGUUGGUAACAACGGCACGAUGGCAUCGGAAAGCUAUCGCAAGAUGUUUACGGACAAAAUUUUCCUGCUUCAUAUCGCGUGUGUGAUUAUCAGUUUCAAAGGAUUUUUCGCGCACGAGUUCUUCUACAGUGUACUGAUGAUCGAUGUUAUAUUCCGCGAAGAAACCUUACUCAAUGUUGUGAAGAGUGUCACGCGUAAUGGUCGGUCUAUCGUUCUUACUGCCUUGCUGGCUCUAGUACUUGUCUAUUUAUUUUCUAUUGUCGGCUUUAUGUUCUUCCGUGAAGACUUUUAUGUGGAAACUGAACCAUCAAGGCUGGAAGAAGUCGCCUCUAAAGCAUCUCCUCAAUACUGCUCUGCAGCAAACUGUACAGUUUCAACAACAUCAAUGCUAUCACAAAAGGAAGAAGAGUCUUCAACAGUUCGUGAGCACGCUUGUGAAAACCUCAUCAUGUGCAUUAUCACAACGUUAAACAAAGGCUUAAGGAGUGGAGGAGGUAUUGGAGAUAUACUGCGAUCUCCUUCUAAAACGGACCGUUACUUCGUGGCCCGUGUGUUUUAUGAUCUUUUGUUCUUCUUCGUGGUGAUCAUUAUUGUUCUCAAUUUAAUUUUUGGUGUCAUUAUCGAUACGUUUGCAGAUUUAAGAAGCGAAAAACAAACAAAAGAAGAGAUUUUAAAAAACAGUUGUUUCAUAUGUGGUUUAGAGCGUUCUUCAUUCGAUAAUCGAUCAGUAACGUUUGAAAAUCACUCAAAUAACGAGCAUAAUAUGUGGGAUUAUUUAUACUUUAUCGUCUUGUUAAAAGUGAAGGAUCCAACAGAAUUCACUGGACCCGAGAGUUAUGUCGCAGAAAUGAUCAAGGCGCGCAAUCUGGAGUGGUUUCCACGUCUUCGUUGUAUGUCGCUAUCGAUGCAUGAAACAGAAAGUGAGCAAAACGAGAUGAGGAAUCUACAUUUACAACUCGAAUCCACGAAUCAUCUCGUUCAUAUUUUGUCAAAGCAAUUAAGUGAGUUACGCGAGCAGAUGAUGGAACAACGAAAACAAAAACAAAAACUCGGAUUAUUAUCCAACCCUGCUAAUCGAACUUACGGUCCUUAUAACGGUUCCGUAUAUCCUUACCAACAUCCCCGUCAACAAGCAAGCUAAAAUUAAUUUUAAAAACACAGGAUGAACAUACAGUUUUUGAGAGGUCUAGAACCCACGUUUACAUUUGAGCUUAAUUAUUUACAUGGUAAGAUAGAAGUAUGGGUUCUAGGUUUCGUUAUUUAUGCUCACCUUAAAGACACAAUUAUUGCGAACAUAAAUUAUUGUGGCGUAAAUAAUCGCAAUUUUUGCUCAAAAUCGUAAUAAUUUAUGUCGCAAAAAAAUAGAAAAGCAUUGAAACAGGAAUGGUUAUGUCGCGAAAUCAAUCAUUUUGCGAUAGUUUUAGGUAUUAUAAUCUUUAAGCUAUUCCUUCAAGGCUGGACUUUUUUUAAAAUUAUCCCCAGUGGAAUUUAUUGUGUAGCAGAUAAAUUAAUUUUUGUUGUGUCUUGUUCUUUGUUUUAUUUAUUUAUUUAAACUAAAUCGUGACUUAGUGUCAGUGUCAGCUUAAGGUCAUUCUCAGCUAGACAAUUUUUGGUUUUGUUAUUGUUAAAUGCUUAUUGUACUUUUAGCUUGAAGUUUUUUUCGUAAGCUGUCUAGUCGAGAUUGAGGGAGGUGUAAUUUUUUGUUUUAAAUAUGCAAAUAGUUUAUGUUUUUAUAUUGUAUGAGAAUAUUCAAAUUCCAAAUCACAUUGUUAUAAAUAUUUGAAUCGUAGAAGAUUAGAGCGAGUCCUUUCCCAAACUUUUUUCGUGUUGUGUGUUGGUACAGCGUGUUGAGGUGGCUGUGAUGCAUGGGCGUUUAAUGUUUUGUAAUUGUAUUGUGUAUCUGCGUUGUAUUUUGUAUACAGUGAUUUUUAUAAGUAUUAAACGGUUGAGUUUUUGUUUCAAAAAAAUUAGUUCAUUAUCAACAGACUUAUUCUCGCUUCUCAUAAUUCAUUUUUAUAUUUUUCUGAUUCUUACAACGGCAAAAAACCCGAAACCAAUAUUUCCUGUUCUGGAAAGAAGGAUCCUAUUAAAGAUUAAAAGGGUUUUAGACCUAUAUAUCGAUCGUUAUAUCUUUCAGCUCUAUCCAAUGUGAUAAUAAAUUUUUCUGGUAGCUCGUCUGUUCUGUAGUUGUUCAGUAAAUACAGAGUAUUAUAGAUUUUUUUACAAGCUUAUCCGAGAAUCGAUUUUGUAAAUUUAAAAAAUAAAUAUUCAAUUCUUUUU